ACUGCCUCCCGCCGCCGCGCUGCCCGCCGGCCCGCGGGGCCAACUCGUCCGCCGCCGCCGCCGCCGCGGGAGCCGGAGAUGGAUUUGUGGGUGCGGAGCAUUUGUGGAGGGGCCGUGUUCCUGUGGGCAGAGGAGUGUGGCUGCUGAGCCAGGGCGUGUCCCCCGGAGAGCUGCCUAGCUGCCCGGAUCCCUACCUCGCUGCCAUGGGCCACCCAGGCUGGUCAGUUACCAGCCAGAGACGUCACCACGGGUCCCAGCCUUCCACCAGGGGGGCAGGCCAGAGGCUCAAGUCCCAGCCUCCUGGCACUGCCCUCGGGCUAGGAGACCCUUCUGUCCUGGGGAGGGGCUGACUCCAGCCCCCGUUAACCCCCAGGCUGCCUGCCCAGUCCCUCCAUCCCUCUGUGUGUCCACGCUUCCUGGCCUCUAAAGGAGAAACAGUCCAACCACCCUUGGGGCUACGGAGAGCCAGAGGAGGUGCACACGGGCCCCAGGAAUUUAGAAGGCGCUGGGUAAACGGUGGCCGGGGUUCCGUGAAUAGCGGUAACAGCCUGGGUAAAUGUGUACUCAGUCGCUGAAGUGCCAGGUGCGUUCCCACGCCCCCUGUGCCACUUCUCUCCCAGGCUGGACCGUGGCCUGGCUUCAAGCCCCCGCCCUAUCACUUGCCUGCCCCGGGACCGCUUGUGAAUCACCAGACUUCUCCGUGCCUCGUGGUGGUGGGGACAGUGAUCCCCACUGCAUAGAGCAGCUGGGAAGGUUUAGAACGUUUCAUGUGUGUGACUUCCUGAGCAGGCCACCUGGCACGUGUGGUGACGGUCAGCCCUUUAGUGGGUUCCGGUGUUCUUGCCUGCAGGUGGGAAGCGUGAGCUCAGUGAAUUGCCCCACGUCUUAGCUGGUUCGGGCAGAUGUAAGGUCCUGUGCCUCCCCGGUGUUCCCAUAGCCCUGCCCUUGGGGACAGAACCCAGGCCUGUUUCAUUGCCCCCAGCCGCUUGUAAGGCCCCCAGGUUGUUCUUGUCUGCUGGCCAGGUGGACAUCACCAGGAGAAGGGUGAGGGUCAAAGGGCAGCAGUCCUAGGCGGGGUUACCGGCUUGCAGCACAAUCUCCCUGCCUCUCUCCCUCCAGACCUGUGUCUCUAGGAAGCACGGCCCAGGGUAGAGGCUGGGAAAGCCAGACACUUAAGAGACUCCAUUGUGUCCGAGACAAGGACUUUAGGACCCAGCAUGCAUCCCUGGGUGCCUGGAGCCCACCAGCCCUCCAGGCUUUGGGUGCCAGUGCCCAGGCCUGCCCAGGCCCCAGGCUUUCCUGCUGAAAAGCCCGAAGGCUACUUGGCAGUGUGCCCUCCUGGAGCAGCUCCAGGCCUGGCUUGUGGAAUUGAAUGGGGCGGAGGGGUCCAUGUGCUGGGCAUCAAAUCACGGGCUGCCAGUGGCCCAAGGGGCCCAGGCCUCACCAAACAGAGAGGCCCGAGUGCCUUGUGGCAGAGGCAUCGCUUCUGACAACCCUCGUCUGUGCCAGACCCUGGCCUGGGGCGUGAUGGCCGUGUGUAGCAGGUAGCACUGGCUCAGUUCCCGGGAAGCUCCCAGGUGUGUCACAGAGAGCAAAAGGGACUCUUCCCAGCCUGCGGCCCCUGGCCUGCCAUUCCGCUUUGCAGGUGAAGGAGGAAGGAGGUGGCCCUCGGAGCCAGCAGGUCCGUGGGCUUUUGGAAGCUAACACUGGCCAUCACUGGUGCUCGUGGGAAGUGUUCUUGGGGCCGGGGAUGCCAGCGGUCUGCCCGAAUGUGACGCUCGUCUCUUACAGACCGGCCGGUUCCUGCCGCGGGCGCUCGGCGUCAUCCGGGGAGAACAUGCCCGGGCCCCCUAAGUGCCGGCUGCGGCUGCUUCGGGGCGCCCCGAGACAGCGGCUCUGCACCCUGUUCAUCAUCAGCUUCAAGUUCACGUUUUUCGUCUCCGUCAUGAUCUACUGGCACAUCGUGGGAGAGCCCAGAGGCCAGAGAGAGUUCUCUCACUUGCCUGCCGAGGUCCCCUGCCCCCAACUGGUGCCCCCUACGCUGCUGUCCAGCACCCCGCCCCCGGGCAACAUCUUCUUCCUGGAGACCUCAGACCGGACCAACCCCAACUUCCUGUUCAUGUGCUCGGUGGAGUCGGCCGCCAGGGCCCACCCCGAGUCCCGGGUGGUGGUCCUGAUGAAGGGGCUGCCCGGCGGGAACGCCUCCCUGCCCCGGCACCUGGGCCUCUCGCUCCUGGGCUGCUUCCCCAACGUGCACCUGCUGCCGCUGGACCUGGAGGAGCUGUUCCGGGACACGCCCCUGGCGGCCUGGUACGUGGCCCGGCGGCACCGCUGGGAGCCGUACGCGCUGCCCGUGCUCUCCGACGCCUCCCGCAUCGCGCUCAUGUGGAAGUUCGGCGGCAUCUACCUGGACACGGACUUCAUCGUCCUCAGGAACCUGCAGAAUCUGACCAACACGCUGGGCACUCAGUCCCGCUACGUCCUCAACGGUGCCUUCCUGGCCUUCGAUCGCCACCACGAGUUCAUGGCGCUGUGCAUGCGCGACUUCGUGGCCCACUACAACGGCUGGAUCUGGGGCCACCAGGGCCCGCAGCUGCUCACGCGGGUGUUCAAGAGGUGGUGCUCCAUCCGUAGCCUGGACGACAGCCACGCCUGCCGCGGCGUCACCGCCCUGCCCAGCGAGGCCUUUUACCCCAUCCCCUGGCAGGACUGGAGGAGGUACUUCCAGGAGGUCAGCCCCGAGGAGCUGCAGCGGCUGCUCAAGGUCACGUACGCCGUCCACGUGUGGAACAAGAAGAGCCAGGGCACGCGCUUGGAGGCCACGUCCCGGGCGCUGCUGGCCCAGCUGCAAGCCCGCUACUGCCCCACGACGCAUGAGGCCAUGAAGAUGUACUCGUGACGGGCCUGCUGGGGGCACCCUCCCCACACCACGGGGGGUCCUGAUGGAAGAGGACUCCCGGCCACCUUUCUGGGCAGCGGGGCGAGAUGGGAGGGCCCGGGACAGGGAGGCCUGAGUGGCCACAGCCUAGGAUUCGGGGCGGGCCCAGGGGAGGGUGGGCAGCUGUCCGCCCCAGAGGUGUGCUUGCUUGUUGGACCCACUUCAGACCCCCAGGUACGCUCCCUCCCGGGCAAGGCCGGUGGGACACCCCACCCAGCCUGUGUGCUUUCUCAGGGUGCAGGCAACGAGUCGGGGGUGGGGAGGGCCCCAGCCCCGAAUCAGCUGUCGUGCACGUCUGCAUCUUCUGGACAGCACACCAGAGCUGUGUGCACUAAAGCAGCUUCUGGGCAUCUCAGGGCAGCCAGCCCAGUGGGGGCCAAGGUGCCCACAAUGAGAGCAUGAAUGGAAAAACCCCAGAACAGGGGUAGGAAGGAGAGGGGAUGGGGGAGGCAGCAGGAGUGCAUACCCGGCUUCAUGAGCUCCGGUUGGGGGUUGGGGCUGGCAGGGGCAUUGCUCUAUCCUGCCUUCGGUUUCUUUGUCAGAGGCGCUGAGUGGCUGAGCGGCUGAGCUGGCCUGGGGAGCCCUGCCUGUUCACCCCAUUCUCUUUCCAGAGAUCUUGCAAGGGUGAUGUGCACCUGCUGGCUACUCCAGGGCAUGGGGGCGGGUUUUAAGAAAACCAACCCCCAUCCUGCCUCCAAUAAACACAGGAUAAUAAACAUAA